CGGAAGUUGUCGCGUUCAUGACUUUCACGCAAAGCUUACUUAUACUGCUUUUUUUGUUUUGUUUGUUUUAAUCUAACGUAAACAAAAUUAAUGAGAAAUACAUCUCCAUAUUAGUUUGAUUGAAUAGGACGUCACGAAAUACGUGACUAACGCCCAUCUAAUAAAAGUCCAUUCUAAUCCUGAACGGCUCACAGUUUAGUACCUGGAAGAUGGAGCAGAGUGGGACCUCAGUUUAAAAUUGCCUACGAAGCUAUGACGCAACAUCGUGUCUUAUUAUUGUGAUGAGCAGCAGCGGCGGAGUCGUCAUCAUCGGCCAAUUUCUUCUUCCUUCGACUCGAAAAUGUCGCCAACGAGAUCCCGUCUGCGCUAAUCAUGUGUGCGCUAGCAUGCUGCACGCUAGCAAGUGGAGUUAGCAGCAGCAGCGGCGACUCGCCGGGUGAACUUCAGCCGCGGAGUGGAAGCGCUCCAUCGAAGGAAAAGAAGCUCUUCUGACAAUUUUGGACACAAUGGCACCUCAUGCUGUGGUUCAGGCUGUCAUCGACCUUUCUGCUGGAGCUAUCGGGGGCGUUGCGUGUGUCUUCAGUGGACAACCUCUGGACACCGCCAAGGUCAAGAUGCAGACCUUCCCCACACUCUACAGGGGCUUCGUCCACUGCAUCACGUCUACCUACAAACAAGUCGGUAUUCGGGGCCUCUACCAGGGAACGUCGCCGGCUCUGAUGGCCAACGUCGCCGAGAACUCCGUGCUCUUCAUGAGCUACGGCUUCUGCCAGGAGGUCAUCCGCUUCACGGCGGGACUGCACACCGAUGCCGUGCUGAGUGACAUGCAGAAAGCGUGUGCCGGCUCAGUGGCGUCCAUCUUCUCUUCGCUGGUUCUCUGCCCGACCGAGCUGGUCAAGUGUCGUCUGCAAGCCAUGUACGAAAUGGAGGCCACGGGCAAGAUUGCGAGGAGUCAGAACUCGGUGUGGUCUGUGGUCAAGUCCAUCAUGAAGAACGACGGUCCGCAGGGCUUCUUCCAGGGCCUGACCACAACCGUCGCCAGAGAGGUCCCCGGCUACUUCUGCUUCUUCGGCGCCUACGAGCUGUGCCGCAGCGCCUUCGCGGAAUACAUGAAGUGUGAAAAAGACGACAUAGGCGUGGCUCCGAUUGUUUUCAGCGGAGGUUUCGGAGGGGCGUGUCUGUGGCUGGUGGUCUACCCCAUGGACUGCGUCAAGUCUCGGAUCCAGGUCAUGUCCAUGACGUCCAAACAGGGCGGCUUUUUCAAAACCUUUAUGACCAUUGCACGCACCGAAGGCGUCAGAGCGCUCUACUCCGGUCUCACUCCCACCAUGGUGCGCACCUUUCCUGCUAACGGAGCACUUUUCCUGGGCUACGAGGCCAGCCGCAAGGUCAUGAUGAAGCAGUUUGACAGCUGAAUUGCCCGUUUUUCCACAAGUGAGGAAGGGGCAGCGGUCUGGAUGCAUUCGGGCCACAGAAGCUCACCCACACUCCCAUUGAUGCUCAUGUGAGGAUGCUCGUGAUUGUUUUGUUGGCUUUUGCUCAAGUUCGUCUCCAUUUCCUUUAAACAUAUUUGAAGUGAUGAUGAUGCAUUUUUAGAGCUAACAAUCGUUAGUAGCCUGCAGUAUUUCUGAGAGACCGCUAUUCUACGUGGAAUUGUCCACAUUUCGUUGUUGCCUACCUCAGUGUGGUGAAAUGCACAAAAAUAUCUCGGAUUUUAAGUUUUUUCCGAGCCUCUAAUGUGUGCGGGCACAUCAAGUAGAAAAAAGGAAAACUACUUUUGAAUGCACGACUAUUUUCGAGCCUUGAAACAGACCAAUUGUGUUCACUGGUCUAAUAAUGCCACUCCUGAGUUUAUCUAACUUUUUAGUAUUUCGAAAUAAAAUGUAUGAGUCACAUGUUUUUAAAAAUGGUGUGAUAUCCUAGUUUUUCAAUUUUCUGCUUUUUGAGUAUUUCCAAACUGACUGGCUGAUGUCUUGAAUUUCAAUAACUGGGUGUGUUCUGACAAAGCGAAUUGAUUUCAACUGAAUCAAACACACCCAAUUCUGCUAACUAAUUAUUUGCCUUUUGUCUCAACUCGACCUCUCCUUUGGUGAAAUUCCCACAAAUGUACGGCAUUUGCCUUUUUAAUCUCCACAUUUUGCCUUUACUUGUGUGUGUGCGCGCGUGUGUGUGUGUGUGUGUGUGUGUGUGUGUGUGUGUGUGUGUGUGUAUGUGUGUAUAUAUAUAUAUAUUUUUUUUUAGGUCUGCUAAUGUGUGAUUUGCACUCCCUGUGCAGGGUUGUUCCACUGUUUUGCAGUUCACCAAUAAUCUCAGUCAUAUCCAUGGUAAUAGAAAUGUGUUUUAUUAAGAAAACGCCAACCAUUGAACUCUAAACAUCGUGGUAUAUUUAACAACCUUGAUAUUGUAGUUCUAAAAUCCAUAUUAAAGUUUUCACUGAAUCAGCUUAUUUUCCUGUGUUUCAUUUUAGCAUCAACAGAUUUGUACUGUAAAGUAUAAUUCAUAUUGCAGUUAUGGGAAAUAGAAUGCUGAGUGUAUAUAUUAUAUAUUCUUAUAAUGAAUGUGUGGCAUUGAACGUUGUACUUGAUUUUUAGAAGAUUAUAGGGAAUUUUGGAUUCAUCUUCAAAUUUUAUCGGAGAACCAUUUUCUGACAUGU